AAAAAAAAUACGCUGCUAAAGUUGCGUCAUGUUUGUUUACAAUUGUGUCGUCUGCAAGUGUGAAACUCUAUAUUGUUUUCCCUCUUGAGUUCAUUAGUAUUGUUGGCACGUGUUAUUUGAGUUUCGUAUUUGUAUGCCAAACAGAGUAGGCAUUAUAAUUAGACUUGCGCUUCGGAAGCGAAGCUGCAGAUGUACGGUAUCAUUAAUUUCGUUUUUUUCUAGACGCGUGUGAUUUGAUAACAAGAACGUUACAUAAAGAUCGAAAUGCGUGCAUAUGCAAAGACUUUUCUCAGGUUUAGGUCGCUGGACUGAUGCAGUUGUUCGAGUGGCUUUUUAACUUUUUGGAUAUUUGUAUUUUAUUUGCAAUGCGUUCGAAUGAAGAUUGCAUUGAUGUGGAAACUCCACCAGGUGUGCCACUCAGCGCUCAGUAUAUGAGGAGUUUUGCGUAUGCAACAGUGAAGGAUCGGCUACCCAUUAUAUUGACCCAGGUCAUUGAUCAUUUAGUGCGAGACAAGGAAGAAAUCAUUAAAGAACAUGGAGAGGUAGCAAGAGAAGAGCUAAAAACCGUCAUUGGUGCAUUUUCACAGUUGAAGAAUGAAAUUCAGACAAACAAACCACUGACACCACUUAAAUCAAAUAGCUCUGACAUUGAAAUCUGGAAUUCAGUCCUGGAAGAAGAAACAAAAACUAACAAACACAAGUGGUUCAAUAGUGACUGGCUAUUUUCAGAAUGCUAUAUGUACAGGAAAGUGAGAGAAAUAUUUGAAGUAAGUCAGUCUCUUACUGCCUUUGAUCCUUUUCGUAAAUCGAAGGAAUCUGGACUCCAUAAUUCAAUCCAUUCAGUUGUGAUUUUAUCAGAUCAUAUGAAAAAACAGUUGGGAGAAGUUGACCAGCUGAAGAGGAAUGACAUAAGACAAGCAUUGCAGCGAAUUGUUUAUCUGAACCUCUGGGGUAACCGCUUCGACCUAUCUCUGUCAAAAGGUGUUCAAAUUCUCAUAACAGAAAAUCCUCUUACAUAUGCUGAAAACUUCAAAGAUGAUAUCUUAGUAGAUGAUUCUGAUAAAAUAUGGGAAGUUUUAUCUGAAGCUGAUGAGCAGAAUAAACUUGUAGACAUUGUACUGGAUAAUGCAGCUUAUGAGCUGUUCACAGAUUUCUGCCUUGCAGAUUACCUGAUCACUGCAUCACUCGCUAGCAAAAUACGCUUUUAUGUGAAGGCUAUGCCAUGGUAUGUUUCAGAUACAGUGGUGAAUGACUUUCACUGGGUUAUAAAAACCUUGAUCCUUCAUGAUUCAAAAAAUGUAUCUGAUUUAGCAUCAAGAUGGAAGAAAUAUUUGGAUAGUGGGAAGUGGGUAAUAGAAGUUAAAGAUUUCUGGACUUUGCCCUAUAGUUACAAUAAGAUGCAAGAAAUACGACCAGAACUGUAUGCACAACUAUCACAAGCUCAGCUAGUUAUUUUUAAAGGAGAUCUUAACUACCGUAAACUUGUUGGAGAUAUUAACUGGCCUCCAACAGAGACAUUUUGCAAUGCACUUCAAGGCUUCAAUCCUACAAAUGCUAUAACAUUACGCACUAUAAAAGCAGAUACAAUAUGUGGUUUGAAACCUGGACAGGCAGAAGACACAGCAGCAAAAAAUGGUGAUUGGCUGAUAACAGGAAAGUAUGCAGUUAUUCAGUUCUGUGGUAAAGCUUGAACUCUAAUCUGUUUUAUUACUUGUUAACUAUGGUCUUGUCUGUGAUAUGGCUCUGAGAAUUUUUAUAUUCUGUAAGAGCUUUAAUUUUGUAUCUUUUUGGGUACUGGCUGAAUUUAUUUAGUAUAGUGUUCUUGAAUAAAGUAUAUUGAUUCAUGUGAGA